GUCCUAAGAGCCGGAAGUGGGGGUGGCCGGGAUAGGAACCGCUGCUGAGGCAGCAGUCGCUGACGCUGCUGGCACUCGGGUGCAGUGCAUCACCCCGAGCCCAUCAGGCGUAGGUGCCUCCUCCAUUCCCAGGGGGCUCCGGGAGUCCCGAGGGGAGAAGCGGCUGGGACGCCUCUCUUCAGUGAAGAGGCGGCCUCGCAGCCCCGGAUGCGGCCAGAGGGCGCGGGAAUGGAGCUUGGCGGCUGCGAGGAGCGUCUGCCGGAGGAGAGCAGGAGGGAGCACUGGCAGUUGCUGGGGAAUUUGAAGACAACUGUGGAGGGUUUGGUGUCAACCAACAACCCUAACGUCUGGUCCAAGUAUGGUGGCCUGGAACGGCUUUGCAGGGACAUGCAGAGCAUCCUCUAUCAUGGGCUUAUCCAUGACCAGGUGUGCUGCCGCCAGACUGAUUACUGGCAAUUUGUGAAAGACAUCCGGUGGCUCAGUCCCCACUCAGCUCUUCAUGUGGAGAAGUUCAUCAACUUGCAUGAGAAUGACCAGAGCAAUGCCGAUGGUGUGAGUGAGCGUGCUGUUGCAGAGUUGUGGCUGCAGCACAGCUUGCAGUGCCACUGCCUCUCAGCCCAGCUCCGGCCUCUCCUCGGGGAUAGACAAUAUAUCAGGAAAUUCUACACAGAUACUGCUUUCCUGCUAAGUGAUGCCCAUGUCACAGCCAUGCUUCAAUGCCUGGAAGCAGUAGAACAGAACAACCCUCGCCUCCUGGCUCAGAUCGAUGCAUCUAUGUUUGCCAGAAAGCAUGAGAGUCCGCUGCUAGUGACAAAGAGCCAGAGCCUGACAGCUCUGCCUGGUUCUACGUAUAACCCUCCAACCAGCUAUGCUCAGCAUUCCUACUUUGGAUCUUUCUCUAGCCUUCACCAACCUGUGCCCAACAAUGGCUCAGAGAGAAGAUCUACUUCCUUUUCACUCUCUGGUCCUCUGCGGAAACCUCAAGAAAGCAGAGGGCACCUGUUACCAGCAGAAGACCAAACCAUCCAAGCCUCCCUGCUUUCAGUCUCUACACUAACCAGGAAUUCCCCCUUGACCUCAAAUGAGAUGAGCUCCAGCACUCUGACCAGCCCUGUAGAGGCAUCCUGGGUCAGCAGUCAGAAUGAUUCCCCAAGUGAUGCCAGUGAGGGGCCUGAAUACCUGGCCAUCGGCAACCUGGACCCCCGAUGCCGGACUGCCAGCUGUCAGAGUCACAAUAGCAAUCCUGAGAGCAGCAGCUCCAAUUUGUUCUCCUCCAGCAGCUCCCAGAAGCCAGAUUCUGCUGCUUCUUCCUUAGGGGACCAGGAGGGAGGUGGGGAGGGCCAGCUGUCCAGUGUCCUUCGCAGGUCCAGCUUUUCCGAGGGGCAGACACUCACUGUCACUGGUGGGACAAAGAAGAGCCACAUCCGUUCCCAUUCAGAUACCAACAUCGCCUCCAGAGGAGCCCCAGGAGACCCCAGGAAUAUCACCAUUAUAGUUGAAGAUCCCAUUGCAGAAUCCUGCAAUGAUAAGUUGAAGUUGAAAGGCCCCUUGUCUGGUCAAAGCAGUGAAAUCAGCACACCCAGCUCUCUGUACAUGGAGUAUGAGGGUGGUCAGUACCUGUGCUCAGGGGAAGGUAUGUUCCGAAGACCAUCAGAAGGACAGUCCCUCAUCAGCUACCUCUCUGAACAAGACUUUGGCAGCUGUGCAGACUUGGAAAAGGAGAAUGCCCACUUCAGCAUCUCAGAGUCCUUGAUUGCUGCCAUUGAGUUAAUGAAGUGCAACAUGAUGAAUCAGUGCCUCGAAGAGGAGGAAAUGGAGGAGGAAGAUAGUGAUAGAGAGAUCCAGGAGCUGAAGCAGAAGAUCCGCCUUCGGCGCCAGCAGAUCCGCACCAAGAGCAUGCUCUCCGUGUACCAGGAGGCUGAGCAUGGAAGCUUCCGGGUCACCUCCAGCAGCUCCCAGUUCAGUUCGCGUGAUUCUGCACAGUUUUCUGACUCUGGCUCUGCUGAUGAGGUUGAUGAAUUUGAAAUCCAAGAUGCUGACAUAAGAAGGAACACAGCCUCAAGCAGCAAAUCCUUCAUUUCCUCCCAAUCCUUCUCCCACUGCUUCCUGCACUCCACGUCUGCUGAGGCGGUGGCCAUGGGGCUCUUGAAGCAAUUUGAGGGGAUGCAGCUUCCAGCAGCUUCAGAACUAGAGUGGCUUGUCCCAGAGCACGAUGCCCCUCAGAAGCUCCUGCCCAUUCCUGACUCACUGCCUAUCUCACCGGAUGAUGGGCAGCACGCCGACAUCUACAAGCUGCGCAUUCGUGUUCGUGGCAACCUGGAGUGGGCCCCACCCCGGCCUCAGAUAAUUUUUAAUGUUCAUCCAGCCCCAACAAGGAAAAUUGCUGUGGCCAAGCAGAAUUACCGCUGUGCAGGAUGUGGCAUCCGGACUGACCCUGAUUAUAUCAAGAGGCUGCGGUACUGUGAGUACUUGGGCAAGUACUUCUGUCAGUGCUGCCAUGAGAAUGCCCAGAUAGUCAUCCCCAGCCGGAUUCUGCGCAAGUGGGACUUCAGCAAGUACUACGUCAGCAAUUUCUCCAAGGACCUGCUCAUGAAGAUCUGGAAUGAUCCUCUCUUCAACGUGCAGGACAUCAACAGCACCCUAUACAGGAAGGUCAAGCCGCUCAAUCAAGUUCGACUACUUCGGGUCCAGCUGUAUCACAUGAAGAACAUGUUCAAGACAUGCCGAUUGGCCAAAGAGCUUCUGGAUUCCUUUGACACAGUCCCAGGCCAUCUGACAGAGGAUCUCCACCUGUACUCACUGAAUGACCUGACUGCAACCAGGAAAGGGGAGCUGGGGCCCCGGCUUGCUGAGCUCACCAGGGCAGGGGCUGCCCACGUGGAGCGAUGCAUGCUCUGCCAAGCCAAGGGCUUCAUCUGUGAGUUCUGUCAGAAUGAGGAUGACAUCAUCUUUCCUUUUGAACUCCAUAAGUGUCGGACCUGUGAAGAGUGCAAAGCGUGUUACCAUAAAGCGUGCUUCAAGUCUGGAAGCUGUCCCAGGUGUGAGCGGCUGCAGGCCCGGCGGGAGUUGCUGGCCAAGCAGAGCCUGGAGUCCUACAUGUCAGACUAUGAGGAGGAGCCUGCCGAAGCCUUGGCCCUAGAGGCCACCGUCCUGGAGACCACCUGAAGAAAGCAUGCUACACCCUCUGACGAGGGUCCGGGGUCACCAUAAUGCAGAGCUGAGCCACCCUGUUAAGGACUUUCCCCACUUGGGGCUUUUUAGUUUUUAAUUAUCAUUAUUAUUUUUUAUGACUUGUCCAAUGUCCGUAUAUAGUCAGCCUUUGUUAGGUUGAUGGGGUCCAUUCUGUUGUGACAGAAAUUUGUAAGCCAGGUAUUUCUAUCAGGACUGACAUGUGGGUCCUUAAGUGAAGCUUCUAGUGCUUCUGUCAGGGAAAUGGACAGUGAGACCCAAUUCUUCUGACGUCCAUGGCCUUCUCCACAAGGACCAGAUCUGGUUUCAGCUGCAUCUCAAGUAUCAUUUCCAGUUCGAUUUUGUUUUACUUCCGAGCUUCUGAGCCAGGCCUUUCUCAACCAAAUGUCUUCUCCUUUGCUGCUGAAACAGGAUAGAGUGUCCUCUCUCUCAGUCCUGGAAUAGGGUCAGACUAUGCCCUGAGGAGAAGCAGCAGAAAAUGGGACCUUGUGGCAUUCUCUCCUCUCAUUUAGGUAUUUUGGGUCUGUAAAAACAGAAUCAUCACUAUCCUAGACUCCUUAAAGACCUCAAGGAGGCAGGGAUGACUUCCCUGUUUGAAAUAGCCUAGGCACAAGCUGACUUUAUUUAUCUAUCCUGGUGAUCUUGAAUCAGAGAACAGAACUGAGUAGCUUAGGCCAGGCCCAUUUAUAGCGGUAUACCAUAAGAAUAAGUGAGGCUAUAACGCUGUUGCUUAUGGAGCAUGUAUUCAGUUAGAGGAGCAGUGGGCUUCCUCUCAGGUGUUAAGAUCUCUUUUAGUUAACCUAGCUCUUUGGUGCAGGUAUGAUUUUUCAAGCUCAGGCAAGUCCCUGAUGCCAGCCUAAGGCAAGGACAUACACCCUGCCCACUACCCACCUGUCUUAUUAGUGAGUUCCUUACUACUCUGUCCCCUAUUAGAUGGUCAUUGUGGUUCUGAGUAAAAGUCUGGCUCAGCUGCAUUCUCUCUUCCCUUCCUACAGCUGAGCUGUACCUUCCCUGGUGACUGUUUCUCUUGCCUUAGUUUUUUUUGUCAAAAUUGUCAAAGUUGAAAGAAAAGCUUCCUGCUAUUAGUGCUGUUACAGAACUUGACAAUUUGUGGAGGUGAAUGUGAAUGUUCCCGUGUUCUUGGGAUAACAGCCUUUAUGCCAGUUAUGCACUUAACUCUUUAGUUGGAUAAAGUGAUAUUUAUAUGUUCAGUUUUCCUUUUUAUAUUACUAAUUUUAACAUACUCUCCCUUCCCCCCACUCAUUAAUGUGUGUUUUGCUGGAAAAAGUGCUUGAAUGGGACUGUAUACAUGUUUGUAGUAUUCUUCUAAGUUGCUAUAGCUUCUAAACGCUAUGAAAAACCCUGGGCAGGUUUGCUGCUCCAAGUGCUGGCAGCUCUUGUGAACUAAAGCCCAUAGCAUUUUUGUUCUGGGAUUGACUGCUUCCUGUAUAUCUGUCUUCCCAUAGUUGGGUGCUAGUAGAAAAACAUUUGGCUUGGGUGCUACCCCAGGAAACCAAACAGAAAGUUGCACAUGGUUGGUGGAAGCUGAUGAGUGUCUGAGCUGGAGGUAACAAGGGGUCUACAAGGAAGUAGGAGGGACAUUAAGGUAAUGGCCAGAGCUGAGGCUCCACCAGCCAAGAGGGAACAUAUAGGAGUCGGCCCACGAUGUUGGUUCCUCUGCCUCAAACUUGGGCUCCAACAGCUACAUUGGCCUCUGAGACUGAGGCUGUUCUCCCUUCAGUUCAUAGUGAAGCUCUGAAAGCCAAGGCCUGGCCAAAGUUUGAAGGGCAGACUAGAAGCUCUAUCGUCCCUCACGGAGCUUUGGGAAUGACCCCACAAAACUUAAGUCUCACUAAAUGUUAGGCCCCAGUUUAUACAAGUGGUGAGCUCUACUUCCAGUUUUGGUUUAAAUUACAAACCCAGCCCUUUACUCUAUGUCACUACACUGAAGGAGAGACAUACUCUUUUGUUGUCCUUCCUGCCUUUUUCGUAUCAGCAUAGGAUCAAAGAAUGGAAAACACUGACACGAUUUGUAUAGCUGAAUUCAACAGUCUUACAUGCUUCUAAUUUUUCCACUUAUUUUUCUCCACGUCCCUCACCCCAUCCCUGUAGAUUGCAUAUCCAUUUAUUUAUUUAUUUGAGAGUGGGGGAGAGGGCAGAGGAUGGAAUGUUUUGAAAGCACUUUGCAACUUAUUAGUAUCUGAAGAUCCCUUGCCAUUGUGGGGAGAAGCUUUGACUGCACUGAAGAGAGUUCCUUCUAAGUGAGAUGGGAGAGAAGUGUUUUUUCUGUAAAUAAAGGGAAAAAAAGUUUGCUUACAAGGUGGAGACAAGAUUCAAGACAUAGCAGAAGAGUGGAGGGCAAAUAUUUUCCACUUAUAUGAGGCUGUUAUUGACUUUCUCUGCCAAGGUUUUAGAGCUGUUGGAUUAACAUAAAAGGAGCAAGAAUCUAGAAAUGUUCUGUGUGUGUACAACUUGUGUUCUGAACUGAAUUUCCAUUUGCUGUAGUUCUUGCACAGCCUAAAAUUUCAUUGUCAUCUUUAAUAAACUAAGGAAAUGAAA